CCUCAAAUGUCAACAAAAAUGGUGUCAAGUGUCAAAGCACGCCAAAUUGUAAUUUGUAAUUGUUUGAGGUGUUUUUAAGUGCAUUUAAUAGUCGUUUUUACUCACAAUGACCGCGUCGGAGCAAAUCGGUCUGAACAAGACGUGGGAAUUGUCCCUGUACGAGCUCCAUCGCACCCCACAGGAUACCAUCACCGACAACACAGAGAUAGCGGUAUCCCCUAGGAGUCUGCACAGCGAAUUGAUGUGCCCCAUUUGUUUGGACAUGCUAAAAAAGACGAUGACCACAAAAGAAUGCUUGCACAGGUUCUGUUCCGAUUGUAUUGUCACUGCUUUGCGGUCUGGAAACAAGGAAUGCCCUACCUGUCGAAAGAAGUUGGUCUCAAAGAGAUCCCUACGUGCUGACCCGAACUUUGACUUGUUAAUUUCGAAGAUACAUCCUUCGAGAGAUGAGUAUGAGGCUCACCAAGAAAGGGUGUUGGCUAAGUUGAAUAAAAGUCAUUCGAGAGAGGCUUUAGUGCAAAGUAUUACAGUGGGAAUGAAAGCACAAUCGCAGAAUAGACCCAAUAGGUCGAGAAAAGCAAAUGAGGCUGCAGGAGUUGAGAAUCAUGAUGAGAAUUUGUCCAAUGUUGCCAAUAAUAAUGCUCCUGCUGCUGAGACUGUGCCACAAAAUCCUCCAACCGUACAAAACGCAGCACCUACAGCGCCCGCGGCCAACAGCACCGUGCCAGGCAGUCCGGCGCCCAGUGGGCGCAGCACGCCCUCGCAACCGCCCAGUCCCGUCUCGUCGAGCGUCAGCUCGGCCAGCAAGUCGUUCGGCAAGCGGCCGAAGAGCACGCUGACGUCCGAACGUUCGGAAGCCGAGGAGAGCGAGUCGAGCGAACGAACGGAGCAAACCGACACGGAGGGCGAACCCGAACCCAUGACGAUCAACGAAAUCGAGUUGGUUUUCAAGCCGCACCCCACGGAAAUGCUGGGCGAUAAUUCCUUGGUCAAAGCGCUGAAGGAAAACUCCAUACGGUACAUCAAAACCACUGCGAACGCUACCGUCGACCACCUGCACAAGUAUCUCGCGAUGCGUUUGACUUUGGACUUGGAUUCGCAGUUGUCCACGACGCAUAGCCUGCUGAACUUCUGCAUCUACGUGCAGCCCGGAUCAGGGCAGCAGUACGUUCAGCUCAAUGGUAACCAGACUUUGGGACAAGUCAACGAUAAGUACUGGAAAGUAAACAGGCCCCUGGAAAUGUAUUACUCCUGGAAAAAAACAUAGGGCAUCCGUAAGGGCCCUAAAAAAGAGCCCACCUAACACUAAAUAGUUCUUCAAUGUAAAUAAUUGUUGUGAGGCAUAUGAUACAGUAUGGGUCAUAGCAAAGAAACCAAUUUAGUUACAUUUGACUAUAAUUUAUUAGGUAGGAAACAAUAAAGAGUACUAUGGCCCAUUCUGUAAGUAAAUUAAAUAGAUACUGCAAAGGGCCAAUUUAUUGAUGAAUGUGUGAAAUAUCAAAUAAUUGUUUUUAGGUAUGCAUUUUCCUUGAAUUUAAUAUGUAUUAUUGUAUAUAAGUGUGCUUAAAUGUGAUUUUAUCUAUCAAUUUAACAUAAUAUAUUAUAUUAAUGUAAUUGAAUAUCUGUAGCGAAUUUAUUGAAUUUGUCUAAGAACUAGACAUAUAGCAUGUGAGGGUCUUUUGUAAUUGUUUUCGUAACAAAAAUAUUAAUU